AUGAUUGCAGAAAUCUUCAAAUCAAGUAUUUCUUUAGUUGUUGGAUGUCUCUCACUUGAAGUCAGUGAUGAACCUAUUCCUCUAAAAAAAUCAAUCUGCAUACUCCCUGAUGUCAUUGAAUGGAACUAUCCUCUCCCUGAUAACCAACAAGCACAACAAACAAAUGAAAGGGGGAAUCAGCUCUCAUCACCAAGUAAAAGACAAAGAAGAGAAGAAUUAGAAAGGACAGUGCAAAAAUUUGAAACAAGGCAAACAAGCUAUAGAAGUCCUAUCACCACCAGUGGGUGGAGUCAAAGAACAAACCAACAAAACAGUCCUUCAAGACAUGAUGUAUUAAGCUCAGCUUUGAGAAGCAUGCAAA